AUGAAAACAAACAAAGCGACCGGGCCAGAUGGAAUAUCCAUCGAAAUGAUUCAUUGUCUCGAUGAAUUAGGUGUAAAGGUCAUGACAAAACUGAUAAACAAAAUAUAUGACACAGGUGAAAUUCCGGAAGAUCUAACAAAAUCAAUAUUCAUAGCACUUCCAAAGAAACCUGGAGCUACUGAAUGUGAAUUACAUCGCACAAUUAGUCUCAUGAGUCAUACCACAAAAGUUUUGCUUAAGAUUCUGAUGAUGCGUAUGAAAAAUAAGAUCACGCCAGAAAUAGCAAAAGCACAAUAUGGGUUUAUGCCUGAUAAGGGCACUAGAAAUACAAUAUUUAUCCUUCGAAUGAUAAUCGAACGAUCAAUUGAAGUCAAACAUGACCUAUACCUAUGUUUCCUUGACUACACAAAAGCUUUUGAUAAAGUGAAACACGAUAAUCGAUUCCAAAUUUUGGAAAAACUCGAUAUAGAUGGCAAAGAUCUAGGAAUAAUUCGAAAUAUCUAUUGGGAUCAAAAAGCUGCCAUACGAAUAAAUAAUGAUACCAGUGACUAUACAGAACCAUAUCGAUCGACACUAAAACAAGAGUACUCAGGUGUUACGUUUGGUCGAUUCUGUUAUACGGCUCCGAAUGUUGGGCAAUCAGUAAAGAAAUGGAAAAACGCUUAG